ACAACCACAGGUUCAAAGCUUUUGUGGUUGGUGAUCAUUUCCCUUUGGAAUAGGGCGUGGUGGCGGAAGUAUAUCAAAGUUCUCAAGAAUAAGUGUCUCCUCAAAAAUUCGGAACUGUGACGCAAAAUAAAGCUGAAUUCUUCAGCUUUACAUGAUAUCCACACUAAAAAAGUUCUGUUGUAAUCAAACUAAUGAGUUCCGGAUUUACAUACAAACAAAACGAGAUAAAAAAAACCUAAUCAAAUAUCAAGCUUUUAAUAACAAAAUCUAACUUUUGGUAAAUGUAAGUUCGCACCAAUCUGCGUAUGCAAAUACAUUUUUAAGGUCGUAUGGAGUAUGCAUUAAAUUAUAUCAGCUCAUUUGCUUUUGGAUUAUCACUUUCAUUCAUUCUAUUGUUAUGUUUCUGUUGGAAUAAAAAACAAAGUUUAACUCAAAAAAGACACAAUCCUAGUACUGAUAACAGUGUUACUUCCUGCCAAAAAAUCACUUACAAUCACCAUAAAUCUUUCACAGUUAGACUCAUUCGACCGCAUAAAUGUGCACUUAAUACUGUUGCCAAUACUACCACUACUACUGUUGAAACUAAAACUAUCACUACCACCAAGGUUAACAUCAAUCAUGAUACCACUAAUCAUGUAUUAAUUAAAAAUUCUAAUUUAUUCGUCAAUGAAGAUGAUUUGGCGUAUGCUACCACAAUUGGACUAAAUACAAAUAUGAAUAGUACGGAUAUUAUAUCUCCUAGUAGUUAUCCAUUACUACAUCAAGACAGUAAUACACAUAGGAAUUGUGAACUUCCACCAGUACCGACAUACUUCGAUGCGGCAUUUACUGAGAAUAAACAAAUUAAAAUUGAUCAUCAUCAAACUCAUGUUGAUCAUGCACCAUUACCAGAAGAUAACAUGGAUCAAUUAACAUGUUAUUAUUAUUCAAUCCCAACAGUGAAACAACUAGUUAGUAAUAAGCAUCAUUUAUAUGAUGUUACCAUCCCUAAAUUAUUACAAUCAAUCAAAAAAAUAUCAUUAACAGGAGUUUCUGAUACAAACAAUCGAUGUUAUUCACUAUGUGAUGAUGAUGUUGAUGAUCCAACGUCGGAUUCUGAUGGGUUGUAUGCGAGUGUAAGUCAUCCUCCGCCUCCAUUUCCCUCUUCUACAAUUGGUAACAAUUUUGUUACACAAGAAACACUUCAAGACAUGGAAACAAUAGUUAAUGUAAAUAUUACUCCGACUACUACUACUAAUAGUAAUUCAAUGCAUACUAAUAAAAACAUGACUGGAAAUAGACGUGAUCCCUGUCAAUCACAUUAUUCUCAAUUAAAAGACGAAUGUAACAUGGGUAAUAAUAAUAGUAGUAAUAAUGAAAAGAAGCGGGACGGCAAUACAAAAAAUCAGUACCAUGGUGUUACUACAGUCACCACGACCGCUACUAAUGCCGGUGUUACACUUCAAUUUCCAAAAUUGUCUUCAAAGAUUUCAAAUGAUAAUAAUAAUGAUAAUUAUAACAGUAAUAAAAUUAUUGAUAACUGUCAACUAUCUAAUCAACCGACUUGUCAUAAUCAUACGAAGAUUGGAAAUUGUUACCAAUGUUCCACAACACCUUGUGUUCAUUUGUAUGCUCAAGUUACACCGUGUACAAGAACACAACAGUCUACUCUCGCUGACUCAGAAAUGAAAUCUAAUAAUAAUAAUAGUGUCUAUAGUUCAAAUUAUAUACAUAAAUAUAACCAAAAUCACUUCGAUUCCCUUCGUUUAGUUGUUGUUAAAGAUAAUAAUAAUAAUAAUAAUAAUAAUAAUAAUAAUAAUAAUAAUAAUAAGUAG